AUGGGUUUGCAAGACCAUGUCCCCGUCUUCGAGUAUCCGGAGGGCGGCAUGGACGUCAACGCCGCUCGUUCGCUCAUGAGCAUCAUGCUGAAGGCCAGCUGGCUGCCGCCUGACCAGCUCCAGCACUUCGUGCACCCGGACAUCAUGCAGCGCCUGCUCAUGGAGGCGGGGAAACUCCUGAAGAAGGAGCCCACGGUGAUCGACGUCGAGGUCGGGCCGGGCAAGCCCCUCCGCAACGACGGCUCGACGCGCGUGGUGGUCGUCGGCGACACCCACGGCCAGUACCAGGACUUCUGCCACAUGAUCGAGCUCGCGGGGGAGCCCAGCGAGGAGCUCGUGUACGUCUUCAACGGCGACUUCAUCGACCGCGGCGCCUGGGGCGUCGAGCUCCUGGCCUGCCUCGCGGCAUGGAAGCUGGCCCUGCCGCACCACGUCGUCCUGCUCCGGGGCAACCACGAGAGCAGCUACUGCUCGGGCAUCUACGGGUUCCUCGGCGAACUGACCGCCAAGUACCCGCACCACACGCAGCGCAUCUACGGCGAGUGCCGGCGCCUGUUCGCGGCGCUACCGCUGGCUGCGCUCGUGGCCGGGCGCACCCUCGUGCUGCACGGCGGGCUCUUCCGCAAGCCGCCCGAGUCGCUCCGCACGAACAAGAAGGGCAAACGCAAGAAGGGCCGCCAGGAGCCGUGGAUGCCGGACCCGCUUUACAACGAGCUGGGGACGCUGGAAGACCUGCGGCAGUCGCGCAAGGGCGGGCAGGACCCGGACGGCGUGGGCACGUCGGUGGUCGCGUCGGACGUGCUGUGGUCGGACCCCACGCCGUCCGAGGGCUUCAUGGGGAACAACGCGCGCGGCAUCGGCAUGCUGUACGGCCCGGACUACACAGAGCGGUUUCUGGCGGAGAACGGGCUGGGGCUGAUCCUGCGGUCGCACGAGGGGCCCGACGCGCGGAUGAACCGCGAUGACGGCAUGGAGAUGAUGCAGGACGGGUACACGGUCGACCACGAGGGCAAGACGGGCCGCCUGGUGACAGUGUUUAGUGCGCCAGACUACCCGCAGUUCCAGGUGGACGAGGAGCGCACGCACAACCGCGCGGCGGUGGCGCUGCUCAAGGGCCCACACUGGCACGAGCCGAGCUUCAUGCAGUUCAGCGCGGUCCCGCGGCCCCAAGCGGAACCUUACUACAAGCUGGACGAGCCAGACAGCGACGAAGACGUGGACGUCGAGCAGUUCGAGCCCAGCGAAGCGGGCGGAUCGAUGCACGGCGACGGCGGGCCGGACGGUCCCCCGGAAGGCGACGAGGAGGAGGGGGAGGAGGAGGAGGGCGGCAGGGACGACGACCCCGACUGGAACCCCGACGGGGGCGGCGACGGUCCGCCGGGGGGGCCGAACGAGGGCGGCGUUGGCCCGUCGAGGGCACCGAACGGGGGCGGCGCGGGGCCGUCUGGGGCGGCGGACGAGGAGGCGAUGGCGGCCGCGGAGGUGGCAGAGAUGGUCGGGGACGUCAUUGUGGGUCCAGGCGGGGCGCAGGUGCGCGUGACGUCGGUUGAUCCGGGGAGAAGCCCGCCCCUGAAGCGUCAGGAGUGCGCGGCGGAGGAAGCGACGCAGACGGGGGCGGCAGGCGAGGGCCGGGAGACGUCAGCGGCGAUCAACAUCAACACGGCGAUGCGGGGGAGCGAAGACGCGGGCGAGGCGAUCGGUACGGCGCCGUCGGAUAGCAGUCCGAUGCAGCAGGCGACGGGACAGCUGUUCAACAUGGGGCUGUCGCCGACGCAGGACAAGCGGCGGAGGUCAGCCGAGCGCUGGAGCGACCGCAAGUCGCUCGAGCGGACCAACGGGCGCGCGCACCCGGCGGAGGGCCGUGCUGCAAUGUAA